GCAUUUUUAGGACCCCCAGGCGACAUCUAGUGUAUAGAUAUCUAUGGGUGACAUCUAGUGUAUAUAUCUAUGACUGCCUAGCAUGAAACAUCGUACACCGGAAGUAGCAACCCAGGUGCUCUCUACAGACACACUGCUGCAUUAUCUACCACUGUACAGUAGGCUCAGAGAGAGAAAGAUGGCUCUCCAUUCUGGUGUCGAUAAAAGAGUCGUUAUUAUCGGAUGUGGUAUUUCAGGAGUCGGUGCUGCUCAAAAGUUAAUCAAACAGGGCUUCAGAAAUGUCCGCAUCAUCGAAGCAACCACAAGAAGCGGUGGAAGGAUUAAAACUGGCAGACUGGAUGGAAAAAUUAUAGAAAUAGGUGCCAACUGGAUCCAUGGUCCCUCACAAGAGAACCCAGUUUUUCGCUUGGCCUCCCACUACAAUUUGCUUGAUGAAGAGUGCUUAUCUGAAGAGAAUCAGUCUGUGGACGUUGGUGGGAUUCCACCUUUACUUUCAACCUGGCUUUCCAGCUCAGGCAAGAAGCUUGAGGCUGAUUUAAUGGCACCUGCUGUGGAAGUCUUCACUACAUUACUUACGAAGUCUCAGGAGUUCUACAACACUAGCAGGGCACCCAUGUCUAGUGUUGGGGAGUUUCUUAAAACAGAGGCUCUCAGGAUCAGCAAUGAAGAAUGGAAGGAAGAUGAAGCCAGAAAGCUCAGACAGGCUCUGUUCAGCACACUGCUGAAGCUUGAGUGUGGUGUGAGCGGGACACACACGAUGGAUGAUGUGAACCUUGCAACCUUUGGCAUGUACAAGUCCCUUCCUGGACUGGACUGCACUUUCCCAGGAGGCUAUGAAGGCUUAAUUAGACACAUGAUGAAUAAACUGCCUAAGGAUAUUGUCUUAUUUAACAAAACAGUUAAGUGCAUUCACUGGAACAGCCAGGCGAGCUCAAAAGAAAUAACAUGUCCAGUUACAGUUGAAUGCAUUACUGGAGAGACUUUUGAAGCAGAUCAUGUCAUUCUUACCAUUCCACUGGGCUAUAUGAAGAAGCACCACGAUAGUCUUCUGAAUCCACCUCUGCCACAACACAAGUUGCACUCCAUCCAGAGACUGGGUUUUGGGACAAAUAAUAAAAUAUUUGUAGAGUUCGAGAAGCCGUUCUGGGAUGAAGAUUGUGAAGUUGUGUUCCUUGUAUGGGAGGAUGAACAUGAUCUUCAGAAUCCUGUUUCUGACAUGAAAACUUCUUGGAUCAGGAAGAUGUCUUGCUUUACUGUACUGAAACCCACAGAGAGGUAUGGCUAUAUCCUUUGUGGCUGGAUUGCUGGGCAUGAAUCUGAAUAUAUGGAAACUCUGCCUGAAGAGGAGGUACUACACACAGUGACACAACUCAUUCACCGAUUUACGGGAAAUCCAACAAUUGCUAUAAAGAAGCUUGUUCGCUCCCGGUGGUUCCAUGAUCCCUACACCUGUGGUUCUUACUCUUAUGUGGCAAAAGAUUGUUCUGGUGAAGAUAUCGAUAAUCUCGCAGAGCCUCUUCCACUGAGUGGAUCAAAUGCUAAGGAUGUUAGGAGCGCUCCGGAGUCACUGAGAGAACAAACCACACGAGUGAAAUCAAAUCUGGUUUAUUCCAAACAGCUGCUCAGUGAACUGAGCUACAGAACAGAAUAUAUAUGCAAUGGAAGGUUUUUCAACAUAGAUAGGGGUAUGCAAGAAUGCUGCUUCCUCACAACUCUUAUCCAGGCAUUGAAGGUCAGGAAGCCUGUACAGGAACAAAGAGGAACUGAAUGUCCUGCGAGUAAUCUCACAAGCAGGUCAGCAGUGUUGUAUAAAGUACUAGAAAGCAAUACUCAAGUAAAAGUACAAGUAUCGCACUAGAAAAAGACUUUGGUAGAAGUGAAAGUCACCUUUUAGAA